CCCAUAAUUAAUUCAUUCCAUAAAUAAUCUGCCUCUUUAAAUACUCAGUUUCCCAUUUUUUGUUGAUUUACCUGUCACGCUCCCAUGGCCUCCCAUGCCUUCACCGACAAUGACAAGAACAUUGUGUUUCGAAAGCUCAAGGCAAAGUCUGAAAACAAGAUGUGUUUUGAUUGUAAUGCCAAGAACCCAACUUGGGCCUCUGUCACAUACGGAAUCUUCCUCUGCAUUGAUUGCUCCGCUGCGCAUCGCAGUCUUGGCGUCCACAUAAGUUUUGUCAGAUCUACAAAUCUAGACUCAUGGAACCAAGAACAAUUAAGAAUGAUGAGCUUUGGAGGAAACAAUCGUGCACGAUUUUUCUUUAAGCAACAUGGAUGGACUGACGGUGGUAAAUUAGAGGCCAAAUAUACAUCGAGAGCUGCAGAGUUAUACAAACAAAUUCUUUCAAAGGAAGUAUCUAAGAGUAUUAUUGAGGAGGCGAGUUCACAAUCACCACCUAAUGCUUCCCAAUCUGCACAAGUUGUUGAAGGACUUCCUCAACUAAAGACUACUGAGUUACUAAAGGAAAAUAUUAUGAACAAGUCUGAAAUGCCAAAUAUCAGUACUUCACCCAGAGCUUCACAUACAACAAUUUGCAAUACUAUCAAAAAGCCUAUUGGUGCUAAAAAAUGUGGCAAGACCGGGGGACUUGGUGCACGAAAGCUUACUAAAAAGUCAAGUGAGUCUCUUUAUGAGCAAAAACCAGAAGAAGCUCCAUCUUUAGUUACUUCGUCAACAAACAAUGAUUUGCUUUCAGCGCCAUCGCCAACAUCUCGAUUUGAGUAUAUGGAAAAUGUUCAAUCAUCUCCUUUGAAUUCAAGUUGUGGGGGUAAACGUCUGCUUAGGCAUGCAUCCUUACCAGAGUCAUCUAGCUUCUUUGCAGACUUUGGAAUGGACAAUGAUGUUCCAAAUAAGUUUGGGUCAAAUUCCUCAAAAGUGCAAGAAUCCAAUGAAGCUAGAAAGAAGUUCACAAAUGCUAAAUCUAUUUCCUCAUUCCAAUUUUUUGGAGACCAAAACGAGGAUGCAAAUGAUGCUCAAGUCACUUUGUCAAAGUUUUCGGGUUCGACUGCCAUCUCUAGUAGCGAUCUUUUUGGUAACUCCACACAUAACUCAUCCAUUGAUUUUGCCACUAGUGAUCUCCUUAAUCGACUAUCUACCCAGACACGAAAAUAUAUUUUCUCUUAAAAAUAUGAUGAAGCAACGAAGAAUCUCAGCUCCUUAGCCUUCACUUUCAUAAUAGAUCUUCAAGACUGAAUUCUCUAAAAUUGUAAGUUUUGUAUCAAAGCAAACCUCUAAAGUCCGAGUCACCAGCCACUGAUGUUUUGAAUGUAAUAGAAUAAUGCAACAUGCAGUUAUUUAGAACCAGAUAAUAAUAUACUAUUUAUGUUUUAAAUGAGUCUCAAAACAUGAAAAAUAAAUAAUAGCAAAAUAGUUUCAACACUUGAUCCACAAAUAUCAAGACUAAAACCUCUUAAAGAGAAAAAAAAAACGAUACAAAACAUCUACAAUACACAUAAAUUGUCGAUAAUUAAUGAUGAAGGAAAUAACUAACUAUAUGUGAGAUAUAUUGACAAUAAAUCAAUGAAAUGGAUGUGAGGAUGAAGAAAA